AUGGCAGAUGACGACGAUAAUAUGAGCGACCAAGAGUUGAACAAGGAAGACGCAGAGACUGAGCAGAAAAUUAUCAAUGAAGAAUACAAGACGUGGAAGAAGAACGCUCCUUUUCUCUAUGACAUGAUCCUCAGUACGGCCCUGGAUUGGCCUACUCUUACAACGCAAUGGUUUCCAGAUGUCGCAGCGGUACCUGACACCAACUACUCGAAACACCGUCUGUUGAUCGGCACGCAUACAGCUGAAGGUCAACCGAACUUCCUAGAAGUUGCCAGUGUCCAGUUACCCAAUCCCAAGAAACCAGACGUGAAAGACUAUAAUGAAGAGACUGGAGAAAUCGGUGGCUAUGGUGGAGGUCCAUCGAGGCAAAACCAAGUUGAAGUCAAAUUCCAUAUCAACCAGAAAAUUUACCACCCCGGCGAGGUCAAUAAGGCGCGAUACCAACCACAGAAUCCGAAUAUCAUCGCGACCAUGUGCACUAGUGGACGAGUCAUGAUUUGGGACAGGUCGAAAUAUUCCAGCGCAUCAUUAUCAAAAGUUCCCCCCACGAUAGAGCUUAGUGGACACACCAAGGAGGGCUAUGGCCUCAGCUGGGAUCCUCAUCAGUUGGGUCGGUUGGCCACGGCUAGCGAAGACUAUACAGUCCGACUAUGGGACAUCACGCAGGCAUCGAAGACAAAUUCACUGCUCAACGAGUCUCGCAGAUACACCCACCAUUCCGGGAUCGUGAACGACGUACAGUUCCACCCGAUUCUUCCACAUCUGGUGGGAACGGUAUCGGACGAUCUAACCAUGCAACUUCUCGAUCUGAGAGAGGCUGAUACUACGCGAGCUGCUGCUACGGGCGAGAAUCAGCAUAGGGAUGCGAUUAAUGCCAUUGCGUUCAAUCUUUCAGUGGAGACUGUGGUGGCGACUGGAAGUGCCGACAAGACCAUCGCUAUCUGGGACCUGCGGAAUCUCAACGAUAAGUUGCAUGUUCUCGAAGGGCACAAUGACAGUGUGACGACAUUAGAAUGGCAUCCGUUCGAAGAAUCGGUGCUCGGAUCAAGCAGUUACGAUCGAAGAAUCAUAUUUUGGGAUUUGGCCAAGGUUGGAGAGGAGCAGACGCCCGAAGACAGCGAAGACGGGCCCCCGGAGCUUCUUUUCAUGCACGGAGGACAUACCAACCGGAUCAGCGACUUCUCGUGGAACAAGAACAUCCCCUGGACAGUCUGUAGCGCUGCGGAUGACAACCUGAUCCAGGUAUGGAAGGUUGCAGAGGCUAUUGUUGGUCCUGAUGAUGAAGAUGUACCAAUGAAUGAGCUGGAAGGCUGA